AUUUGCCCGGCUUGUAUUAGUGCCAAUGCAUCGUUUGGUAGAGCUUAUUUCCCAGAAACUCGCUUAUUUGAGUAAGUUGGACCCACAGUCGAUAGUAAAUACUGAAAUAAAUUUACUUCGUGACAACCUUCGUCUUAAUGAAGCAAUAUCCUCCCUAAAGGGUCACUUAUUACACCUAGAAGUGAAGUGCGGACCAGCUACAGUUAGGUCGCAGAUAAGCCCCGAAAAUGAACCUAAGUUUGGUUUCAGCAAUUUGCUUUUUCGGGUCGGCCGUAUUGUUGACGUGGAUAAACAUCCUAAUGCCGAUUCUUUAUACGUUGAAAAGGUUGACUUUGGUGGAGGUGAUAUUCGGACAGUGGUUAGUGGACUUGUCAAAUUUGUUUCACGAGAGUCCAUGCACCAGAGAAUUGCAAUUUUCCUAUAUAAUCUCAAACCUGUUAAAAUACGCGGUGUUGAAUCUCAAGCGAUGCUGAUGUGCGCGAGUGGUGAGGAAGGUAUGGAUGUCGAGCCUCUCAUAAUUGAAAAUUGUGCUGACAUCAAGUUGGGGACUCGGGUGCUUAUUGACGGCAGUUUUGGUAUGUCAACCCUUAAUUCUGUCUUUUAUUGA